AUGGGGCGUCCCGAUCCUCAAUAUCUGCCAGCCGACCUCAAACGCUUCAUGCUAAAUAAUGAGCAAAUGGAGAUUAUCUGCCAAGUGGCACGCAACCAUGCAGCGGAGCACCAUUUCCUGCUGUUCGAGUACUGGAUCCGAGGAGAUUCCAGCUUUGUCUCUCUAAUCGAGUUACGACGACAGCGAUACCUACAAGUGCCGACAGUCAUCAAUGAUACUUUCUACUAUCACCAGAAGGAAGCAGAGCGGUUGAGAAUCGCGACUACACGCGUUCGUCAGCACGGACGCCUUCCCCCACACGGUCCUCAGCUGUUGAAGGGAGACACCCCGCCAAGGCGGGACGCUGUGAUGAUGGCGUUGGCUGUAAGGGCGAUCGAGGUAUAUAGGGGCACUGCGGAAGCCCAGGCUAAGACGUUCGCCGCAGAAUUUCUCAGAUAUGCUCGACAACAUGAGCUGACUGGGGCUGUACAAACUCGGAAUCCUAGUAAUCAAACACGAGAUACAGCCUCAGAAACCCAGGAUCGACUCUCCGCUCUAUUGCAAAAUACAGCAAUCAUGGCCCGAGCUCGAGCUCCAUCCGGCCGGAAGAAUUUGGCCUCAACAGUGGAAGCUGGGUCUGCUGCCUCGCGACAAGACACUGCAAUGACCGCCCAAGACCAGGCUUUUGCUGGAUAUCCUACCUCAAUGAACCCAAAUCGAUCUGUAGACCUGUUUUCGAACUCAUAUGCGGCUGCCCAAGCUCAAUUCGAUACCAGCUAUCAUGCCUCAAAUGCCGAACCUCGGACGGUGGAAUCGAAAAGAAGGAAGCCAUGUGUAGCACAGCGUACAAGGCAAGAGGCUACAGCGCCAGCGCCAGCGCCAGCGCCAGCGCCAGCGCCAGCGCCAACACCAAGGAGCUUGGGACCUCUGAAUCGACGAAGAAUCUGUCAUUUCGAAAACACGCGCGAAAGACCAAGCCCCAACCCGCCAGCCGGGGUUGAGAGCGCCCUAAACGUCAACAGGUUACAGUCAAUAGCAGCAUCAUCAUCAAGAUGCUGA